AUACUCUAUUUUGAUUAAAAAAAAUACAUAAUUACUUAUUAUAUUGUUUAUUUUAAGUUCAUAAUACAUCGCUCUUAAAUUUCGAAAUCCAGCUGCACUCAUGAAACAACCACAGUAUUAAUACGUAACAUACACAAAUCAUUAAUCUUUCAACUAUUAUACUUGCCACUGUUAGCCCUGGAAAAUGUUUCAAGUUAAAAUUAUGAGUUUCCUGGUACGAGACAUCUCAAAGAGCAAAAGUCCUUCUUCUUCUAGCGCUACUUUGCAUCCAAAGUCACACCACAUCAAGAAGCCCUUAUGGCAAGGGGCUUGCCAAAGAGAUCACCAAUACCGGGUGUUGAUAAUAUUGUUGUUGUUGCUUCGGGAAAGGGUGGUGUAGGAAAAUCUACUAUCGCAGCAAAUCUGGCUGUGAGCCUUGCAUCGCUUGGUAAACGAGUUGGGCUUUUGGAUGGGGACAUAUUUGGUCCAUCAAUUCCACUCAUGUUGAAUCUUAAAGAAGAACCUUUAAUUAACAAUGAGAACUUGAUGAUUCCUCCUGUUAAUUACGGAGUCAAAUGUUUAUCUAUGGGACUCCUCUCACAAUCUGGAGCAAUGAUUUGGCGUGGUCCAUUGGUUAUGUCUGCCCUCCAGAGACUACUAAAAGGAGCUGCAUGGGGUCCUUUGGAUGUUUUGAUUGUCGAUACUCCCCCCGGAACUGGAGAUGUACAUUUGUCUUUAGCACAAAAUGUUCCAAUAUCUGGUGUUCUUUUAGUUAGUACACCUCAAACAGCUGCUCUAGAAAUUACAGCCCGUGGAGCAGAAAUGUACAAAACAUUAAAGAUUCCAAUUUUUGGUUUGGCCGAAAAUAUGGGAUAUGUAGUUUGUACCAAAUGUGAAACAAAAAUGAAUAUUUUCAAAAAUGUAACGAAAAAGUUUGCUGAUGAUAUGGGAACUGGAAUUUUAGUUAGUGUACCAAUUGAUGCUAAAAUUACGGAUUGUUGUGAUGAAGGAACUCCAAUGGUAGCGAAAUAUCCUGAUUCAAUAUAUGCCGAGAGUUUUCGUCAUUUGGCAAAGAAAAUUUUAGAGAAAUUGCAACCAAAUAUUUGAAUUUUUUUACAAUAAUUUUAGUCUGUAUAAAUUAAGGGACAAAUAAAUAUUUAUCACCAAUAAAAAUGUUAA